AUGAAGUUUAAUAAAGUAGAUAUUUGCCUUGUACUUUUAAGUGCAUUAUACAACACAGUAGAUGCGGUCAUCUCAACCAAUGCCACGUUUCAGGGAUAUAGAAAAUGGGCACCGGCCAACAGCACUCGGAAUGAUAUGUAUUGCCCUGAAAACUGUUACAACAAUCCUGGUGAAGAUGAAUGCUGUUGUUGUUGUAGGGCUGUCACGUGCUGGGAACUUGAUACAGCGGCUUGCAAUGUGACUGUUGGACAGUUAAGUGUAGAAUAUAAGGAUGUUUACGGAUCGGCAAAAUUUGUUUCAUCGGAAAAUCAUACAUGGUAUGAAGCAGUUCAUAGAAAUGGACGACUUACCAAAUUUCCUGAUAAUUUGUGCGACUUUGCUGACAGUCUUGUAAAGUUAGAUCUUAGCUAUAACAGAAUUAGGAAUAUUAGCGACAUCCGAUGCUUGAAUAAACUUGACACUAUCAGACUUGAUGGUAAUAAAAUAACGGAAAUCAGUAAUGACACCUUUUCGGACAUGGAGUAUUUAAGGAUCGUAUCACUGUCGAGAAAUAAUAUUGAAACAUUACAGCCGAACACGAAUCAGAAAAAGAAUGGUAACAUUUUGAUGAUAGAUUUUUCAUACAACAUUGUAGAGACUAUAGACAUUACAAAUAUAAUCCGGCCAGGUCCAUUUUGUAAUUUCAGUUGUGAAGGAUGUGAAGUAACCGAAAAGACAAACUUACUGAGUUACGUCAUUGACGAGAGCAACAUUCAUGGCCCUGGUGAUAUUAAUCUAAAAAUCAAAGGUACUUCAGGAGAAGGUUUCAUAAACUUUACUACGCUUGGACUAAAUGACUAUUCAAUGCUUGGAAAAUACUUCAAGGGUCGGUUGAACUAUAAUGGAAGUUCUGUGCAUUGUGAUUGCAGCCUUUAUCCCUUUUUUACGCAUCUAGGUAAAAACGCACAUAAAUACUGGCCAGAGAUAGACAAUCAAGAUAUUAUCUGUAUAAGCCCAGAAAAUAUGAAAGGUAGGAAUCUUACAAAUAUGUACCAAACACAAAAAUUUGAGGAACUAACAUGCAACAUACCAGAUUGUCCUAAGAACUGUAUAUGUACGGAUAUACCAAGUGAUGGUGUUGUUAAGGUGAAGUGUACGGGUUUAACUAGUAUGCCAGAUUUUGCACCGAUAGGGUAUUGGAAAAAUGAUAGAAUAGACUUAGAUUUGAGUGACUCUAGUAAUAAAAUAUCUCACUUUUCUAACAGAAACUUUGUGAAGAGAAUCAUUACGAUGGACCUAACAGGAAACACAAUUCAAACUUUUGAUGUCAAUGCAAUAGAAAAUCUUGGGGAAAACGUACAAAUCGAUAUGAGUUAUCAAAAUCUCAAAACUUUACCUGUCGCAUUUAAUAAGUUACAUCCAAGAAGAAUAAAAUUUGGUUCACAUCCAGUUGAGUGUGAUUGUGACAAUUUAUGGAUAGGAGACUGGAUCAGAUAUAAUAAAGCGCAAGGGAGUCUGCAGUGUAUGACCAGGAAAGGUGUUGUACCAGCUGAACUUGUCACAACAGAGUUCCUCGAGUGUCUUAUUGAAGUGGAAAUUCCUGGCUUCUUUCCUGUGCUCCUUGCUUUGUUGGUUUCUUCUAUUUUUGUUGUGAGCCUCUUAUGUUACUAUUUUAGAUAUGAAAUUAUGUUGCUUAAACGGAAAUGUAUAAAUAAGAAAGCAAAAUGUGGUGAAUUUGAAUUUGAUGCGAUGCUUACAUUUUCAGUAAAAAACCCUAACGUUUUUAGAUGGGUUGAACGCAAAAUCGUCCCCGCUCUGAAAAGAGAAGGAUAUUCGCUUUUUGUUCCAUUUUAUGACAUCAUAUUUGGCGGAAACAGAGAACUAGAAAUAGCUAAAGGUGUUGGCAAAAGCAGAAAUUAUGUGGUAUUUCUGUGUAACAAAUAUCUCUGUGAUGAAAACUCUGUUCAAGAAUUUGAAAUAUUAUGGAAGCAUUUUUGCAUGGAUACGAAAAAGAACAUCAUUGUUGUAAAUUUUGACAAUUUUGAAUGUUCUGAGAUAAAAAUUCGCCGUUUAAGAGCUUUCAGAAUAAUCCGAGAAGAUUUGAAUUUCAUAGAACGAGAAACUAAAUUGUUUGAACGUCUAAUACAACGUCUAGGUCCUCCGAGUAAACUUCUAGGUCCUUCUAGGUCCUCCAGGUAA